AUGCUGGCGUCGAUGCUGGCGUCUGGACUUUGUUUAUUGGUUGGCAUGUGGCCAGUAUGGCACUGGCUCACGCUGCCCUAUUUGGUCAUGUGGUCCUGGGGCGUCAUCGUCCAGCUGCUGGUGAUUCUACCACCAGUGCUACAGCGAGUCGUGUUCGUCGGCGCGUACUGCUGGUUCAUGUAUUCGUACAUCUCGAUGGCUUUUGUACGCGCGCAGGAAAAGUAG